AUUUUAUUAUUAUUAUUAUUUUUACACUUUCAUUAUGUGGUUUUGAGACGCCGCACGCGAGACGACGAGACUCCUUCUUCUCUGCUCUCGCCGAGUAGCCAUUGCGCCUGCCUCGCCACCACCAGUCCACCAGAGACCAGACGGCGCCUCUUACUCGCCCGUCCCCAUCGCCUCUGCCUCGCCAGACGCCAGUCGUCGCCACCGUCUUCUGCCUCGCCAGCUGCCAGAUCAAAUCAUUAGAAAAUGCUUGACAUAAAUCUAUUCCGAGAAGACAAGGGCCACAACCCUGAAGUCAUCCGAGAAUCUCAACGGCGGCGGUUUGCUAACGUUGAUAUUGUUGACGAGGUCAUUGAGCUUGACAAAGUGUGGCGUCAGCGUCAAUUUGAGUUCGAUAAUUUGCGUAAAGAAUUUAACAAGAUCAACAAAGCAGUGGCCAAGCUGAAGAUAGCCAAAGAAGAUGCAAGUGAGUUAAUUAAGAAUACCGAGGAGAACAAGAAAUUGACUGCAAUAAAGGAGGAAGAAGUGCAGGAGGCCCGAGCAGCAUUGUAUAAAAGGUUGGAAGUUAUUGGAAACCUUGUGCAUGACUCAGUUCCAGUUAGUGAUAAUGAGGACAAUAAUGCUAUCAUUCGUCAAUGGGGUGAUAAGAGAACUGAAUCAGGGCUUAAAAACCAUGUUGAUCUUGUCAAGCUUCUUGGGAUUGCAGAUUUGGAUAAGGGUGCAAAAAUUGCUGGAGGUAGAGGCUACUAUCUGAAAGAUGCUGGUGUUGAUCUGAACCAAGCACUAAUCAUGUUUGCCCUUGAUUUUUUGAGAAAAAGGGGAUACUCUCGGUUGCAAACUCCUUUCUUCAUGAGGCAAGAUAUCAUGGGAAAAUGUGCUCAACUAGCACAAUUUGAUGAGGAACUCUACAAGGUAACUGGUGAGGGAGAUGACAAAUAUCUAAUUGCGACAUCUGAACAGCCUCUGUGUGCUUAUCAUAUGGAUGAUUGGAUUCAUCCCUCAGAGCUACCAUUAAGAUAUGCAGGAUAUUCGACUUGCUUUCGUAAAGAAGCUGGUUCUCAUGGCCGUGACACUCUUGGGAUUUUUCGUGUUCAUCAAUUUGAAAAAGUUGAGCAAUUUUGUAUAACUAGCCCAAAUGGCAAUGACUCCUGGGACAUGCAUGAGGAGAUGUUCAAGAACUCUGAGGAAUUCUUCCAGCAGCUAAAGAUUCCCUAUCAUGUUGUUUCAAUUGUUUCUGGUGCAUUAAAUGAUGCUGCUGCAAAGAAGUACGAUUUAGAAGGCUGGUUCCCUGCCUCUGCCACACACAGAGAACUUGUUUCAUGCUCAAACUGCACCGAUUACCAAUCAAGAAGAUUGGAAAUUCGGUAUGGGCAGAAAAAGGGAAAUGAGCAAUCGGCGAAACAAUAUGUUCAUUUAUUGAACUCUACUUUGACGGCAACAGAGAGGACUCUCUGCUGUAUCCUCGAGAAUUACCAGAAGAAGGAUGGGGUGGAGGUCCCCCAAGUAUUGCAACCUUACAUGGGUGGAGUCACAUUCCUUCCGUUCAAGACCGUCCCAACUGGUAAAGAUAAAAAAUCCAAAUGACCAUUUACUUACUUUCUAACGCCUUCAAACUAGAAACAAGGCUUUAAGGAAACACUAUGUCAAGUUUUAGAAAAUAUAACUUAAGAAUGAUUGUUUGUGAUCCAAUGCCCCUUGUGACUGAUUUGAGAAGCUGUCGUUGCAUGGUAAUGGCUUACUGCACAAAUGUUUCGGAUACAUAUACUACUGUUCUACCUGA